UUGGGUUUGAAACCACAGGAACCCCGAAGAUGACGCUCCUUGCUUCUGAGCGAUCGAUGCUUAUCCGAAGCAAAUUCCGCUCUGUUCUCCAGCUCCGAAUGCAACACCGUCAAUCCCAGGAGCAGCUCUCCGAACGCCACCUCCUUCCAGCGCUCAGCAAACCCCUGGCAACGCUGUCGCGGCCCAAUGGGGGACCGGGCCAGAACAAGGCCAACGAUUUUGCCAAGCUGAAAGCCUUGCCCCGGCCCUACAAGAACAGCGCUGCCAAGGGCCAGCUGGCAGAAGCAUCUCCUGGAAACCCUUCGGAGCUGCAGGAGAAAAAGGCUCGCCUGGCCGAAGACCUGAGCGAGAAGAUCCUACACCGCCCUGGACCGCUUGAGCUGGUGAAGAAAAACAUCCUCCCCUUGGAUCCUGGCAUCAAGGAUGCCAUGACAGAGGCAGCUCCAUCUGCACCUGAUUCCUUUACCUUUGAGGAAGAUCUCAGUAGCUCCUCCUCCUCUUCUUCCCCAUGCUUUGUGCUGUCUCCAGGAAAUGCCCUCGGGAACACGCCCACCUCCUCAUCAGGGGCUGCCUUUCAACUAGAACUACCCCCGCUCCUAGCAGAUCAACAGCCCUCCAGGUCGACGUCCACCUCUGAGUCCGAGUUCCCUCUCCAAGGGGGGAGCCCUCUCGCCAAGCCCCCAAUUUCGCUUCUCAAGGCACCACCCAAGGUUCCCGAGGCCAGGAAACCACCACGCCCCAAGAAGGCCAAGGAGCCAAGGCCCAAGGUGAAGAAGCUGAAGUAUCACCAGUAUAUGCCGCCGGACCAGAAAGGGGAGCAGGCGCAGGUGCCCAUGGAUGCGGCCUACGCUCGCCUCCUGCAACAGCAGCAGGUCAUCCUGCAGCUCCAGAUCCUGAACCAGCAGCAGCAGCCAACGCCAACGUCGCCGGCGACUUUCUGCGUCCAAGCCCUCCAUACCGUCCCCCCCAGCAACGCCCCAGAACAACUGCUCAGCUUCCCUGGGACUUCCACCCCACCGAGUGGGCCCCCUCCUCCUCCGCCGGUCCCUCUUCCGUCUCCAGCCAUGCCCACCUCCCCUUCGCCGCCCAAGCCGGAACUGUUGCCAGCCAACUUGGAGGAGCUAACGGUUUCAGAACUCCGCCAGCAACUCCGUAAACGGGGCCUACCCGUUUCGGGCACCAAGCCAGCCCUGCUAGAGCGCCUCAAGCCUUACCAGGUGGCCCGGAGCAAGCCCCCACCAGUCCCCCUCUCCAGCACCCGCUUGGCAUCUCCGGACCUGGACGAAGACACCCAGGCCUUGCGGGAGAAGCAACGGGUGGCCGAGAACCUGGCCCUGAAGCUCCACCGGGACCAGAGCCAGCGUGAAGAUGACCUCCGGGUGGAGCUGGAGAUGCACAAGCGGAUCAAGAAUCGCCGCAAGGGAGCGCUGCCGUUGCUCGGCCAGCAGGGAGCACCACCACCUUAUACCCCAAAGAGGGAGUGUACCAAGGAGGGGGGAGGCCAAGAAGACAGCUUCAUGGUCUUGUGCCCUCCGUCUUGCGAGCCGAUCAAUUCCGAUAUGGAGCUGCCCCUCGAAAUCACAGCCAGCCCCCCCGACCCAGUCCCAGGGACCCGCUCCCUCGAGGAGGAGCUCCAAGAGGCCAUACAGAAGGCUCAGCUGGUGCCAAGCCAAUCCAUCGAAGACAUCUUAGAAGAGCCUCUGGUGUGUUCAGGCGACCUUCUCCAGGCACCUGCCUUGACCCCGGAGGUCCCCCCUGAUCACGUCGCUCCAUCACCCCUCAUCCACCAAGAAGCGUCGCCACCAAAGAAGCCCCGUCCCAGCAGCGAACCCCCUUUGGUGACCUCCGCCAUCUUUGAUUUCCCGGGGCCGUACGAUCUCCUCUCAACCGCUUCUUCCUCGUCGGCAUCUCUGGACUCCCUGUCCUCUGUUUUCUCCCCUGACUCUCUGGAGAUGCCCCCGUCUCCACCAGAUGCCUGGCAAAGCAACGGGGCCCGUUCGGGAUUUGAUGCCGUCGAUUGGCUGGAGGCCUUGACCUCAGGCUCUGCCUUGGGCCUAGGCUCCGCCAGCCCUGUUGGCAGCAGUAUCUUCUGCACGGACUUCUUUGAUUCACCUGACCUCGGUGUCAACCACAUGAUAGACCUAAUGGUGGAGCAGUGGUAGACAAGGCACCCGGAGGCUGCCUGCAGAGCCAAGGCCUGAAGGGAAAGGGGGAAAAUCCCCCUUCUGUCCUGUAAGGUCACAGCAACAUUGGGCAACCGUGUUGAAUGGGCGAGAAUGAC